AUGGGGGGCAGCACCCGGAGCCCGGGAGUCCUGCAAAGGGACGACGCCUCCAGCCAGUCUCGGUACCAGCGGUUAAGUCAAAGGAUGCUGGACCUUUCCGGGGACCGGGGCGUGCUGAAGGAUGUCAUCCGAGAGGGUUCUGGAGAGUUGGUGACACCAGACGCUUCGGUGCUCGUGAAAUAUUCUGGGUAUCUGGAGCACAUGGACAAGCCUUUUGAUUCCAAUUGCUUUAGGAAAACCCCUCGGCUCAUGAAACUUGGAGAGGAUAUCACACUUUGGGGCAUGGAGCUGGGCCUUCUGAGCAUGCGGAGAGGAGAGGUGGCCAGGUUUCUGUUCAAACCGACCUACGCUUACGGAAUGCUGGGCUGUCCUCCCCUGAUCCCCCCAAACGCUACCGUCUUGUUUGAGAUCGAGCUGCUUGACUUCCUGGAUUCUGCUGAGUCAGACAAGUUUUGUGUCCUCUCAGCCGAGCAACAGGAUCAGUUUCCACUUCAGAAGGUCCUAAAAGUGGCAGCUACUGAACGGGAGUUUGGCAACUACUUUUUCCGCCAAAAUCGUUUCUAUGAUGCCAAAGUGAGAUAUAAACGGGCCUUGUUGCUUCUCCACCGGCGAUCAGCACCCGCUGAAGAGCAGCUCCUGGUGGAGACCGCCAAGCUGCUUGUUCUCCUUAACCUGUCCUUUACGUACCUGAAGCUGGAGCGACCCACCAUGGCCCUGCGCUAUGGAGAGCAGGCUCUAGUCAUUGACCAAAAGAACACCAAGGCCCUCUUCCGAUGUGGACAGGCCUGCCUCCUCAUGACUGAGUAUCAGAAGGCCCGGGAUUUUCUAGUCCGAGCCCAGAAGGAACAGCCCUUCAAUCACGACAUCAAUAACGAGCUGAAGAAACUGGCCAGCUAUUACAGCGAUUACCUGGGUAAAGAGAAAGAAAUGUGUCACCGAAUGUUUGCUCCUGGUGAACAUGGCUCUACAGUAGGAGAAAACUAA